AGCUUUUGUCAUUGGCCAAACGGAAACGCAGUGACUCUGAAGAAAAGGAGCCACCUGUGAGCAAACCUACAGCGUCUUCAGACUCUGAGACGUCAGACAGUGAUGAUGAGUGGACUGUUGGAGGUUCUAAAAACAAAAAAAAGGGAAAGGCGGGUAAGGCAGAGAAGAAAGGAGCCAUGAAGAAACAGACAAACAAAGCUGCCUCUUCAGGCAGCUCAGAUAAAGACAGCUCGGCGGAGAGCUCUGCACCUGAAGAGGGAGAAGUCUCUGACUCGGAAAGCAACAGCUCCUCAUCUAGCUCCGAUUCAGAUUCCUCAUCUGAAGAUGAGGAAUUCCAUGAUGGCUAUGGAGAAGACCUCAUGGGAGAUGAAGAAGACCGAGCUCGACUGGAACAAAUGACAGAAAAGGAGAGAGAGCAAGAGCUGUUUAACCGGAUAGAGAAGAGAGAAGUGCUGAAGAGAAGAUUUGAAAUCAAGAAGAAACUAAAAACGGCCAAAAAGAAAGAAAAGAAAGAGAAAAAGAAAAAGCAAGAGGAAGCGCAGGAGAAGAAAAAACUCACACAGAUCCAGGAAUCCCAGGUCACGUCACAUAACAAAGAGCGGCGAUCAAAGCGGGAUGAGAAGCUAGACAAGAAAUCUCAGGCAAUGGAGGAGCUCAAAGCAGAAAGAGAGAAAAGGAAGAACAGAACAGCUGAAUUGCUUGCAAAAAAACAGCCAUUAAAAACUAGUGAAGUAUAUUCUGAUGAUGAAGAGGAGGAGGAGGAUGAUAAGUCCAGUGAGAAAAGUGAUCGCUCAUCGAGAUCCUCAUCCUCUGAUGAGGAGGAAGAGAAAGAAGAAAUUCCUCCUAAGUCCCAGCCAGUGUCCUUGCCUGAAGAACUGAACCGAGUACGAUUAUCGCGACACAAACUGGAACGCUGGUGUCAUAUGCCCUUCUUUGCCAAGACAGUCACUGGCUGCUUUGUCCGUAUUGGCAUUGGAAAUCACAACAGCAAACCUGUGUAUCGGGUUGCUGAAAUAACUGGUGUGGUAGAGACUGCAAAGGUUUACCAGCUGGGUGGUACCCGGACAAAUAAAGGACUACAGUUGAGGCAUGGCAGUGAUUCACGUGUGUUUCGCCUGGAGUUUGUCUCCAAUCAGGAAUUUACUGAAAGUGAGUUUAUGAAGUGGAAGGAAGCGAUGUUCUCUGCUGGGAUGCAGCUACCCACACUAGAUGAGAUAAACAAGAAGGAAAUGUCCAUCAAAGAAGCCCUCAACUACAAGUUUAAUGACCAGGACAUUGAGGAGAUUGUGAAAGAGAAGGAAAGGUUCAGGAAAGCACCUCCAAACUAUGCUAUGAAGAAAACUCAGCUGUUAAAGGAGAAGGCUAUGGCUGAGGACUUGGGGGACCAAGAUAAGGCCAAACAGAUUCAAGAUCAGCUUAAUGAACUUGAAGAGAGAGCAGAGGCCCUGGAUCGUCAGCGGACAAAAAACAUCUCUGCAAUCAGUUACAUCAACCAGAGAAAUAGAGAGUGGAAUAUCGUUGAGUCUGAGAAGGCUCUUGUGGCUGAGAGUCACAGCAUGAAAAACCAACAAAUGGACCCCUUUACUAGGCGGCAGUGCAAGCCCACAAUAGUGUCUAAUUCCAGAGAUCCUGCUGUCCAAGCUGCCAUCCUUGCCCAGCUAAAUGCAAAAUACGGGUCUGGUGUAUUACCAGAUGCUCCAAAGGACAUGAGUAAGGGUCAAGGGAAGGAUAAAGAUGUGAACUCUAAAUCAGCCAGUGACCUCUCAGAAGAUCUUUUCAAAGUGCAUGACUUUGAUGUAAAGAUUGAUCUUCAGGUUCCCAGUUCAGAAUCUAAGGCCCUGGCCAUCACCUCCAAGGCUCCACCAGCAAAAGAUGGUGCCCCUCGGCGAUCAUUGAACUUGGAGGACUACAAAAAGAGGCGGGGGCUUAUUUGAGCAUACCCACUCUGCUGCUUCUGAUCCUGCAUGCUCCAUGACGAUGUCCUACCUUUUCUUCCUCCCUUUUCAGUUCUCCCUUCUGGGUUGGAGCAGCAAUGGAGCUGGGAAGAGACUCUUUAAAACUGCCAGUCAUCUGUAACAUAAACCAUUCAACUAUUUACUGUAUAGACCUCCCUUCUUGCCCUUUCCUCCUGCCCCCCUCACAAAUGUGGAUCUGUGCUAUUUGGGGUUUUCCCAUUUCUUUUAGUUUGAGUUUUGUUUUUAUUUUGUUGAUGCAGCUCGUUGGUCCACUCUGUGUUCAGUAUUAGCCUGAGGUCUGGAUUUCCAUAGGAGUCUCUUGGUGGUCGCAGAAUCAGCACUUGGUGAUCUCCCCUUACAUACCACCACAGGCAUGAUGAAUAAACGUUGGCGCAAGACCUUUGUGGCUGGAAGGUCAUCUGCACUUUCUUCCUCCUCUUCUUCCUCCUUCAUCCUAGCUUUGGAGAAGGGAAUCUUCAAAAACUGGCUUAGGUUCAAAGUGUAAAUUUUUUUGGGAGGGUUGUGUGACUUUUUUUCAGGUGUUUUUUAUCAUUUUUAAGCUGCAGUACUAUUUGUAUCCGUCUGUCACAGUUCUUUACGGCUGUUUUGAAUUUCUACCAGCUGUACUUGAGCAUAUGAAAUUGCAAGAAACAAACUCAUUAAAUGUGAUUCUUCUUACUAAAA